GUGGCAGUCGACUUGACCUUCGUGGCUGGUGCUCUUCCUCUCGCAGUCUAAUUGGCUGCUUCGUGCACCUCACGAGCUCCCCUCGGAGCCUGUACAAUUAUGGUCCACUUGGUUAACCUGCAUAGUUAAUCACAAAUCAAGCGGUACAUGAAGCCACGAACCAGUUAAUCACUCAUACAAAGUCCCAGUUGCGUCCUAUUAAAAACGCGCGCGCGCUCCCCUCGUCGCCCAAGGAGCCAACACCCAGUUCGCGUCUCCGGCGGCACGCACAGGCGUACUGCCAACGACGCGAGAUGGCGGCGUCCAGCGCGUACGCGGCGAACCUCCCGGCGGUGCCGGAGUGGCUGAAUAAGGGCGACAACGCGUGGCAGCUGACGGCGGCGACGUUCGUGGGCAUCCAGUCCAUGCCGGGGCUGGUGGUGCUGUACGGCAGCAUCGUGAAGAAGAAGUGGGCCGUGAACUCGGCGUUCAUGGCGCUCUACGCGUACGCGUCGUCGCUACUGGUGUGGGUGCUGGUGGGGUUCCGCAUGGCGUUCGGGGAGCGCCUGCUGCCGUUCUGGGGCAAGGCCGGGGUGGCGCUCUCCCAGGGAUACCUCGUCCGCCGCGCGUCGCUCUCGGCCACGGCGCACGGCGACACGCCGCGCACGCAACCCUUCUACCCGGAGGCGACGCUGGUGCUGUUCCAGUUCGAGUUCGCCGCCAUCACGCUGGUGCUGCUCGCCGGCUCCGUGCUGGGCCGCAUGAACAUCAAGGCGUGGAUGGCCUUCACGCCGCUGUGGCUGCUCUUCUCCUACACGGUCGGCGCCUUCAGCCUCUGGGGCGGCGGGUUCCUCUACCACUGGGGCGUCAUCGACUACUCCGGCGGAUACGUCAUCCACCUCUCCUCCGGCGUCGCCGGCUUCACCGCCGCCUACUGGGGACGCUACUGUGGGAACGCACGGGUGCGGACUGCAUCACAGAUUCACAAUAAAGUGGGCCCGAGGCUGAAGAGCGACCGGGAGCGGUUCUCCCCGAACAACAUUCUGCUUAUGAUCGCCGGCGGCGGACUGCUGUGGAUGGGCUGGGCCGGGUUCAACGGCGGUGCCCCGUACUCCGCCAACAUCACCGCGUCGAUGGCCGUGCUCAACACUAAUGUCUCCGCCGCCACGAGCCUCCUCACCUGGACUUGCCUCGACGUCAUCUUCUUCAAAAAGCCAUCAGUCAUCGGCGCCGUGCAGGGCAUGAUGACGGGGCUCGUUUGCAUCACACCCGGCGCAGGGCUGGUGCAGACAUGGGCGGCAGUGAUCAUGGGCAUCUUCGCGGGCAGCAUCCCGUGGUUCACCAUGAUGAUCCUGCACAAGAAGUCGGCGCUGCUCAUGAAGGUGGACGACACGCUCGCCGUAUUCCACACCCACGCCGUCGCAGGCCUCCUCGGCGGCAUCCUCACGGGGCUUCUGGCCACGCCGGAGCUCAUGGAAAUCGAGUCCCCCGUGCCGGGCCUCCGCGGUACGUUCUACGGCGGCGGGAUCAAACAGCUGGGCAAGCAGCUGGCCGGCGCGGCGUUCGUGGUGGCCUGGAACGUCGUGGUCACGUCGCUCAUCCUGCUCGCCAUCAGCCUGGUCGUGCCGCUACGGAUGCCCGACGACCAGCUCAUGAUUGGCGAUGACGCCGCGCACGGGGAGGAGGCUUACGCGCUUUGGGGCGACGGGGAGAAGUUCGACGCCACGCGGCACGACACGGCGAGGGUCGGUGGCGGCAUGGAGAGGGAAGGAUCGGCGGAGCAGCAGCUCGCCGGCAUGGGAGCCAGGGGCGUCACCAUCCAGCUGUAGGCGGGCGAACGCGCGGGAGGACAGAGGUUUUUUUAGCCUUUUUGUUAAGAAAAUAUAAGUGUUUGGGCCGAAAGUACCGCGUUUCAUCCGUAUUUGGUCCGUCGUGGGCAGUGUUCGUCACCAUUGUGUAUAUUCUGGAUCAAACGGACCGCACGCAUUGCCCACGGGGCAGUUUUGGGGUUACUCGCGUACCGAUUUUAGGCCUUCAACAGGUCGCGUGUAAUACUGUGUACCAAGUUUGGGUCGAGCCCAAAAUGGAUCGCACUGAAAAUAUCCCCGCGCGAGUUUGGGUUAAAGACCA